AUGGACUUCUGUUUGCCGACAACUGCGCUCUCAGCGCCACCUAAUGCAAACGAGCAUAGACCUCUUCGCCACCGCCUGCGAAGACUUCGGUCUGGUCAUAAACACGGAGAAGACGGUGGUCAUGCAUCAACCGCCACCCAACGUCACCUACGUCGCAUCCCAAAUCAACGUGAAAGGCGCCCAGCUGCCAAUCGUGGACAAUUUAACCGACCUAGGCAGCAACCUCUCCCGCACCGGAUCCCGGACACGGAUGUACUGGAGCCGACGGGAACCCUCAGCAUCUACACUAUGAUGAGACAGCUACAACUGCGUUGGGGCGGCCUCUUCGUCCACAAGGACGACGGCCACCUAAACGACUUUCCGAGAUGUCGCAACGGGUUCCCGCCGACAAGGUCAAGUCCGUCGCUACAUGGAUACUCGGAAGACUUCCCUGAAGCGUCUGCAGAUCAACCCGGCCAACUGGAAAGACCUCGCCCGAGACCGACCGACCUGGAAGAGGACAGUGAAUGCAGGUGCGGCGAUCUACGAAGUCAACCGCAUCACCGCCGCCAAAGCCAAACGCUAGGCUCGCAAAUGCUAACACCGCCCACCUCGCAACGCCAACGCUCAACCAGCCCCGACAUGUCCACGAUGCCCGCGGGCGUUCCGGACACAAAUCCGCCUUGUAAGACAUCUUCGCACCAACUUCAGCACUCGGACUACACUAGUUGCUGUCACCUCGUCCAAGUCUGCCUAGUCAUCCACGUCGACAACUAACAUUGACCGCACUCACACUACCAUCCUCCUCCUCCUGCCUCAACAUCCACUACGGCGACUUCUAUGUCCACAAACACUGCACACAAUCCUGACACCAGUAAAUAUCAGCCCCCACCCACCACGACAGUUCGUCCGUCGAUUUCGACGAUGACCACCGUGUGCCCCACAGACUGCAUUGGUGGAGCAGGGACGGUGACUUACGCAGGAGUUUAUAGUGCCAGUAGACUUGCGUAGCAUCUACCUACACUCUCUCCUCCUCCCCCGCCUGGGCCCGGUGUCAAGACAGAGUCAAGAAGACCGGAGACGAGGGAGGCCGCAGGUGGAUGGCUCGGACGGGUCUUCGCCUUGGCGCUCCACUCCGCACCCCUGGUCCACACACCAAGACCAGGAUUUUGACCGCAAAACAAUGGGGUGGAGGCAGUGGUCCAGUUGUGCGACGAAUGCCGACAACAGGGUCCGCCAGCGCACCCCGGGAGGUUCGAUUCCCGCUCUCCACGCCCCACCCACCAACAACCCAGCGAUAUGCACCUAUCCAUGCCUAUCCUCAUUGCGACCCCACCUUUAGCUCAUACAUCGGCCUGGUCAGUCAUUUGCGAAUCCAUCGCACAGAGACUGGCGAACCAGAGCCUGGCGCGCCAACCUACACUCGCCGCAUUCGCCUCCAAUGUUCACAGUCCCGGCACAUUCACUCGCCGCAUGUGCCUAUUCGGUCACGCGCGAAUCCACGAGAGCGGGCUUGACCGCGGUCUCGACACACCUAGCACCUCUUGCACAUCCGCUAUGGUUAGCUCAACCCACACCCCGCCGCACAGCGCGCAUAUCAUCAGCAGCUCCGCCACUGCCACCAACUCAGAAGCCGACACCCCUAACUCUCCCGUUCACAACGCCCACGUGAAUUCACGUCACACAUCAGCCUGGUCAGUCACUUGCGAAUCCGUCGCACAGAAACUGGCGAACCAGUGCCUGGAGCAACAACAUACACCCGACACGCCCGCCUCAACUUCCAUCACUGCACCUGCACAGUCGCCCACCGCAUGGGCCUAUCAGGCCACAUGCGCAUUCACGCAAACCUGCGGUAGACAACCGCAGGCUAAACCACGCCAUCAUAUCUUCCUCCACUUACACCACGCAACAUCAUCGACAUUCAACACAGGCAUCCAAUUGCCACAUCCCACGCAAGUGGUAUGUGGGCUUCUCGGCUCCGUCUCUAUGCUGCAUGUGUGA